AUGGCAACCAACUACGAUCACAUCAUCUUCGUCGCCAGAAGCUCGAUCGACCGAAACCAGAUGACCAGCCAGAGAAGAGAGAGCGACGCCGACCUACACGUUAGCCUCGAAUACACCAAAGCAUGCUACGAACAGGCCUACGGACCCAUCAGGGGUCUCUGCGAGUUUCAUACCUUUGCCUGGCCCUCAUACCUCGAGUUAUCCCCGUCCAGUCCAACCGUUCGCUUCUUCGCCCGCCGUACGGCCGCGCUGAACAUCAUGGGUCGAAACAUGAUGGUCGUGCUCAACGGCUGGGACGGGUUGACCUCGAACGGAAGAACCUUCACCACGUUGUUCAGAGAGCAUGCUUCCCGGAUUACGCUUCGCAUCUUCGCUGAUCAACCUCGAUCGUUCUACCAGGUCAACGUGGCGCAAAUCUUUGAGCUGUUCGCUGGCAAUAUCCUCAUCAACCCGUACCUCGAAGGCAUGAGCCAUGAGCCGCUUGAUGACGGGGUCAUUCGUAUUCUGGACAGCAUGGAAUGUCAGCUCGAAUAUUCCACCGCGUUGUUCUAUCGUUACUUCAGGGCAUUCGGAGCGCUCCAGCUCAACUGA